GGAACCAUCUGUCAUGGUUGCCACGCGAGGAAGAGGAGGACGUGGCACUAGAGGAGGAGGACGUGGAGGUCGAGGACGUCCACAGUGCUCUUACUGUAAGAGAGUGGGUCACACCCAAGAAAACUGCUACUCCUUGCAUGGCUUUCCUUCAAAACCCGCCAAUAUCUCUAAGGCUGAAACUUCCACUUCCAACUCCAAGUUCACUGAGGAAGAGUAUCAAGAGUAUCUGCGAUUAAAGUCUAACAGUUUGGCGCAAUCAUCUCAGUCCCCAAGUACGUCCACAGCUUGCAUUUCUCAAUCCAUGGAAGGUCUAAAUUCAUGGGUAAUUGACUCGGGUGCUUCUGAUCACAUUUCUGGAGCGUGGCUCGGGGAGACAGAUUGGAGAAGGAUAUGAAGCUGGAGGUUUAUACCAUUUUGGAUCUCGUCCACGGGUAUCUUGUGUUGCAGCUCUUCCCCCUAAAGUGUUACAUGAUCGGUUUGGCCAUCCUCACUUGUCAAAGUUAAAAAAGAUGUGUCCUGAACUUAGUGGUCUUCAGACUUUAGAAUGUGAGUCAUGUCAACUAGGAAAACAUGUUAGAUCUGUCUUUCCUAAAAGGUCUCAAUCAAUGUGUACUUCUA